UCCUGGCAUUUACACCGUUCAUUUUGCCUUAUAUAGUUUGUGUGGUUGGUCGAUCGUUAUUAUCGGCGCCGUUUCUAAUAUUAGAGUUGUUUACGCGAUUUACGCUAUGUCAAAGAUGCACGCAGCAGUAAGUCUGAAUCAAACACCACAACUCAGAAACAACCAAGAAAUGAAGAGGCAAACCAACAUCGCUAAAACUGUGAUUGCGAUUUUCACUGGAUUUACAAUAUGCUGGGUUCCUUGGCUUGUGGUGUUGAUAAUUUUAAGAGCCGGAAAAACUGUCAACGAAGAUUUUAUUAUUGUGACGACGCAAAUGCUUUUGGCGAAUCAUUUAGUCGAUCCGAUUUCUUGGGUCUUGACCAGUCCAGGAAUAUAUAAGUUCAUAAGUGCCAAGUUACGUGUACUUUUACCAGGCUUUCAAAAGUCUUCAGUGUCUGUUAGUCCAUCUGACACAACUAACACUGACAAAUAUCCAAUUGUUGAUGUAGAUGAUUGA